GAUCAUAGUGAUGAACGUCGCUCGAGAUUAACGACUAAUGUAACGGCGUUACCGUGAGUAACGGCGAAACCAUGGAUCGUCAAGCUUAGACGGAUUUAGAUAAGAUUAUUCGAGUACGUUAAAGUCGAAGAAAUAUUGAACGUCUCGGCCACAUAUCAUCGGCGUAGGAACGAGUACGAGAGAUGUCCGGCUUCGACGAGAAUCCUUUCGGGGAACCUACGAUUAACGAUCCAUUUUCGGAUCCAGCGAUACGAAGAGCUGUCAACUCUACUCCAGCCAGUAGAGGUCUUGAAGACUACAAUCCUUUUGCUGAACAAGGCACACAAGGAACUACACAAGUCAGAGGAGCAUUAAAUCCACCUAUCUAUGGUGGAGUUGGUGCAACACAGCAACCAGCAACACUUCAACCUACUAAUCAAGAAGCUCCUCCUCCUGCAUAUGCACGUAGUCCUCAACAAACAGUCAAUACUGCAUUGGGAAGCACCGUACCACUUCCAUCAGAUCAACGAGCAGAAUCAGAAUGGAAACCCAGGACAGAAGAAGAAAUGAGAAAUACUCCUUAUUAUCCAAGAAGAAAUAAUUGGCCACCUUUACCAGAUAAGUGUUGUUUCCAACCAUGUUUCUAUCAAGAUAUUGAUGUUGAAAUACACACUGAUUUCCAAAAGAUAGUGAGACAAUUAUAUUACCUUUGGAUGUUUCACGGUUGUAUCCUGCUAUUAAACGUGAUCGGAGGAUUUGUCUUAAUGCUUUGUGGCCAAGGUUUCUCGGCAUUUGGACUGGCUAUCUUAUAUCUUAUACUCUUUACACCGUUUUCCUUUAUGUGUUGGUUUAGACCAGCAUAUAGAGCUUUUAAGAAUGACAGCUCGUUUAACUUCAUGGUGUUUUUCUUUGUCUUCUUCUUUCAAUUGGUUGUUACUUCUAUCCAAGCUAUAGGUAUUCCGGGUGCAGGAACUUGUGGUGUAAUAACUGCAAUUGAGCAAUUCGAUUCGACGGCCAAAGGUAUCUUCGUCGGUCUUCUUAUACUUUUCAUCGCUAUUUGUUUCAUUCUGGCUGCAGGCGGUGAUCUCUUACUGCUCACUAAGAUUCAUCGCAUCUAUCGUACUUCAGAUGCAAGCGUUACGAAGGCACAACAAGAGUUUGCAACAACAUUUUUGCGAAAUGAACAUGUGCAGAACGCGGCGAGCAAUGUUGCAGCAACUGCAGUUCGCACGCAGAUGGCUAAUGCAACCCAACCGCGUUAUUAAAAAAUUCUACUACUUAUUUGUACACUACGUUCUGGCUUUAUAUCAUUCAGUAACUGAAUAGAUCUCAUUAGUUCUGCUGUAUAUGGAUAAAAAGAAAGAAAAGAUUAUAGAAAUGCAAUAUAUCGCAAAACUUAUUCUUACAAUGAGACGCUGCAAUAUAUGAAAAUUGUGCUUCACGUUCAAAUUUAAUCUCUGAUGUACAUUGUCUUAACAGUGUUAACUGUACAGCCAGUACUGGCGAAAUAUUGAAGUAUUAACAAAUAUUCUGAACUCCUUCUAAUCUAAUGUACUUGUUUCUGGAAGUGAUAAUAAUAUUCUAUGUUUCAAAAGAAACUAUAUACAUAUAUAUAUAUAUAUAUAUGUGACACGUGUAACAUUUUGCAUGAGUUCGAUAUAUUCGUUCUUUAUCAUUUAUUAUGCGCGUUGAAAUCAUAAAAUUAGGUUAUUACACAUGUGAGUGAGUUAUAUAUUAAUUAUGAUUAUAUUAAUAAUCAUGUCUAUAAUUUUAUUACAUAAUUGCUUACAUUUACUAGCUUUUAUAUUUUAGUGGCACAGUCUCAUGACAAUGUGAUCAUGUAUAAGCUAGAAGUAUACACUAAAGUAAUUAACUUUACUUCAAGUAAAAGAACAAUUGCAAAGUUAGGCUUAUGACAUAAUUAGGUUCGUAUUUGUUAAAUAUUAUAAAUGUUAAUUUACUUAUGAAUAUUCACAAACAGCCUUUUUGUAAACCUUGUGAAAAAUCCUGUACAUUCCUUUUUACAUGAUAUGGUGGACUAUCUUUUAUCAUGGCUGUUAUUUUGUAUUAGAGAGAAGAGAAGUCUCUGUUUUUAUAUUAAAAUAUAAAUUCUGUGAAAUAAUGUUGACACACACAGAGAUAUAUUUUGAUUGAGUAUUUUAUGAAUUUGUACGAAUAAUGAUUAUUUUUAUAAUCUAAUAUGAACACACUAUGGAAUUAUUCGUGAUUAUUGUAAGAAAUUUAUAUAAUUUUCUCAAUUUAAAAACAUAAAACAUGCGAUUGUUAUUUGUUGAAACUGAAAUAUAGUAACGUUUAUUUGUA